UCUGUUUCUCUGGGUCGCUUCAAGUUUAACCCUUUUGUCUUCGUUUGUCUCCAACUCUUAACCCUACUUCUUAGCCUUUUUAACGCACGAGUCGCAACAUUCUCUCUUUUUCCUUCAACUUUCUUCAUUCAUCAGAACUCUCUCUCUUUUAAUUAUAUAAAGGGACCCAUUCCCUUCUGUAUCUGUCCCCCAAGAGUUAUUUUUCCCCUUCAAAAUCCAAUCAGCUUAGCCAUUUUUCUCUCUCUUUCAACUAGCUGUUUCUUUUCCUUCUAUAUUUUGAUUCAAGAAUCCCAAGAUUGUUUUGUUUUUGGUAUUUUGGGUCUUAUAUUUCAAUACAUCCAGGGAGGUUUCAUAUAAAAUUUCUGGGUGGUUUGGGUUUUCCCAGAAAAAUUAGCGAUUCGAGGAGUUUAAGGUUGUUUCUUCUCGGUUUUCCUUUUCCGGGUUUGGACAAUGGUGGCGAAGAUGAUGAGGUGGCGACCGUGGCCGCCUCUGGUUUCAAAGAAGUACGAGGUGAAGUUAAUUGUAAAGAGUUUAGAAGGGUGGGAUCUGAAAGGGGAAGGCGAGGAGAAGCUGGAUAAAUUAACGGUGGAGAUUCGAUGGAAAGGUCCAAAGGCUUCCCUUGGUUCUUUAAGACGAACGGUUAAGAGGAAUUUCACUAAAGAAGUCGAAGGCAUUUGUCAGAAUGGCGUCGUUGUGUGGGAUGAAGAGUUUCAGUCCCUUUGUAGCUUAUCGGCUUAUAAAGAGAACGUGUUUCAUCCAUGGGAAAUCGUUUUCUCUGUCUUGAAUGGCUUGAACCAGGGACCGAAGAACAAGGUUACAGUUGUUGGGACUGCAUUUUUGAAUCUCGCUGAAUAUGCAUCUGCUGCUGAAGAUAAAGAGUUUGAGCUAAAAGUACCUCUCACGCUCUUGCUCGGUGUUGCCAAGCCUGGUCCCCAACUCUGUAUAUCACUUAGCCUUUUGGAACUAAGAUCUGCUCAAGAAACCACUGAGCCAGAACAGAGAGCUGUAGUGCCGAUUGCAUUGCCUUUCCAGUCUGGAGAAAGUGUCACAAUGGAAAAGGAUGAGCUUUCUGCGAUUAAAGCUGGUCUUAGAAAAGUGAAAUUUUUUACGGAGUAUGUUUCUACCAGGAGAGCAGAAAAGGCUUGUCGAGAGGAUGAUUGCAGUGAAGGAAAGUGUUCUGCUCGAAGUGAUGAUGGUGAGUAUCCACUGGACACGGAUUCACUUGAUGAUUUUGAGGAAGGAGAAUCAGAUGAGGUGAAAGAUGACACAACCAUAAGGAAGUCAUUUAGUUAUGGUACUCUUGCACAUGCAAAUUAUGCUGGGGGAUCAUUUUACUCCUGCACGGGAACCAGUGAGGAUUGGGUGUACUACAGCCAUCGGAAAUCAGAUGUAGGCUGCUCAAACUUUGAGGAUUCUGCUACAUUCAUGUCAGAGGUAUCCCUUCUGCAGACUUCAAAGCGCAGCAUUUUGCCUUGGAGAAAAAGGAAGCUGAGUUUCAGGUCUCCUAAAGUGAAAGGGGAACCACUGUUAAAGAAAGCCAAUGGAGAAGAAGGUGGAGAUGACAUUGAUUUUGACCGCCGUCAGCUUAGUUCUAAUGAAUCAUUUGGGUGGCACAAAACUGAUGAGGAUUUAGCAAAUCGUUCAUCAAUUUCUGAAUUCGGGGAUGACAAUUUUGCCAUUGGCAGCUGGGAACACAAAGAAUUGGUAAGCCGUGAUGGACACUUGAAGCUUCAAGCCCAAGUCUUUUUCGCGUCUAUUGAUCAACGGAGUGAACGAGCAGCUGGUGAAAGUGCAUGUACGACCCUUGUUGCUGUUAUUUCUGAUUGGUUUCAGAAAAACCGUGAUUUGAUGCCUAUUAAGUCUCAAUUUGAUAGUUUGAUUAGAGAAGGCUCAUUGGAAUGGAGGAACCUCUGUGAGAAUGAAAUCUACAGGGAGCGGUUCCCUGACAAGCACUUUGAUCUCGAGACAGUUCUCCAAGCUGAAAUACGUCCUCUUUCUGUAGUGCCAAAAAAGUCCUUUAUCGGGUUUUUCCAUCCUGAAGGUAUGGACGAGGGAAGAUUUGACUUUUUGCAUGGUGCAAUGUCUUUCGAUAACAUCUGGGAUGAGAUUAGUCAUGCAGAAUGUCCGAACAGUGCUGAACCUCAGGUUUACAUAGUUAGUUGGAAUGAUCAUUUUUUUAUCCUGAAGGUUGAACUAGAAGCUUAUUAUAUCAUUGAUACUUUAGGAGAGAGGCUUUAUGAGGGAUGCAAUCAAGCUUACAUCUUGAAAUUUGAUCGCAAUACUGUAAUGCACAAGCUACCGAAUGUUGCUCAAUCAUCAGAUGACAAGUCAAAUGGCAACCAGUUCAUAACAGCAGCUGCUGCUGAACCAAAAAAUCCACAGGUUCAACAGGUCAAUGCUAAGGAGGGUUCCAUGUCAGAGGCUGUAGUUACCAAACCCGAGGAAUCGCUCAAGAGCGAAGGUACCGAUGAGGUUGUUUGCAGAGGUAAGGAAUCCUGCAAGGAGUACAUAAAGAGCUUCUUGGCUGCUAUACCUAUUAGGGAGUUGCAAGCAGAUAUCAAGAAGGGUUUAAUGGCAUCUACACCGCUACAUCAUCGACUACAGAUUGAAUUUCACUACACCAAGUUCUUGCAACCACUGCCGGGGACUUCUGCUAUUCAAACCACAACCACCUUGCCACUCUCAGAUGUUCCAUUCUCCGAAGUUGCUGCAUAGGAAUUACUGUAAAUUCUAGGAGAAAGUGUGAUUACUCUAACUUGUUCUUUUUUUUUUUCUGUGAGAAUCUUAUGAUGCGAAUUGGGUUUAACAAAGAGGAACCGAUUUUAGCCUUUUGUUGGGUUUGUCCCAAGUUUGCU